CUCGUCACCAUCCUUCGUUCGGCAUGACUACAGUUUCGGCCACAGCUCACCUUCGGAAAUGCGUCCUUAAUACCGCUCUUGAAUCUGCCGAACCACAGGAGCCGUUAGGUGCGCUUGUAGGCUUCUUAAGGAAUGAACAUCCAGCAUCAAGCGGAACCGACGACCAACCACAGAAGCGGCGCAAACUCAACAACGGCGGCAAUGCUGUGCCCCAAAUCGGUGACAUGGGUGAUAAGGAUAACAGUGUUGUUCUUGCAUUGGCCGCCAUAGAUCUAGACUUCUCCCACCUUGUCGAGGACCAGACGAGGCACUGCUCCCGGAUUUCGGACGAGCUACAAAUACCUUUACAAGUUUCUCUAGAGUCAUUCUCUAGAGACUCUUUGGAUAAUUUUCACUUGUCGCUCUGGGACCACCGCUCACCAUCAGCUGGAAUAGAAUUAGACUUUGCUACUCCUUCCUCCUCCAUCGACACCUUGGACAGUUUGGAAAUGCUGCUCGAGGCGGCGGCAACAUUGAGAUCCACAGUGAAUGGACAAAAGCGUUUGAAUAGAGCUGGUGCUAGCUUCUGCCGCUGCCUCAUCAGGCCCUCAGCCCAGAAUAUCGGAGCAUUUAUCAUUGAGGUCGAGAUACGAUGGGUAUGUGGGCUGUCGGUGGUGGAGAAUCUUGGAGCGAAUACUCAGCUCGGUCGUCGGGAUUUUGGAUUGCUCACAAGGUAUUUCCCAGACCAAUCUGGCCUGGCCAGCUCACCUUGGUCGCUCUCCGAUUUCUAUGACUCUGUCCAUGUACCGCCAAAUCACAUUAAAAUUUCACCGGAAAUUCAGCCGAGCCUAUCGGAAACAACGCUAUACCCCUUCCAACAGAGAGCUGUAGACUGGCUGUUACAGCGCGAGGGUGUUUCCUUUUCGGAGACAGGCAAGCUCGGUUCUGCGCGCACACCAACGGACUCCACCCCAAUAUCCUUUAGGCUUGUACAUGAUGCAACGGGAAAGCCUUGUUAUGUUAGUCACCUUCGCGGUCUAGUAGUCACAAAUCCAAGCGCCGUCAGAGAUGCCUCGCACACGCUCCGAGGUGGAAUAUUGGCAGAAGAAAUGGGGUUGGGCAAAACCGUUGAACUAAUCGCGCUUAUAUGCUACCAUAAACGAAAGAUAUCCGAAAACACAGUCUUCGACGUUUAUACUGGAGCUCACGUUAAACCUUCUGCGGCCACUUUGAUUAUCACUCCGCCCUCUAUUCUCGAGCAAUGGAAGAAUGAGAUCAACAGCCACGCUCCUGAACUUAGGGUUUUUCACUAUCAUGGUAUACCAUCACAGAGCGCAUCCCAAAAAGCCCACGAUGCCGCGACCGUGGAGAAUCUCUUAAAAUAUGACAUUGUCCUGACCACGUACCAUGUUCUGUCCCGAGAAAUCCACUACGCGAAACCAACUCCUGACCGCCAAUUCAGGCACGGGAAGCAGUAUCAGCCACGUAAGAGCCCUCUUGUGCAGGUUUCUUGGUGGCGGGUAUGUCUCGAUGAAGCACAAAUGGUGGAGAGUGGAGUUAGCCAGGCUGCGACUGUGGCACGUAUCAUUCCUCGAUGCAAUGCAUGGGCCGUUUCCGGAACUCCUCUAAGGAAAGAUAUCCAAGACCUUCGCGGACUAUUAUCAUUCCUUCGAUACGAACCUUUUGCGGAAUCUAAAGCUGUAUGGGACCGCCUAGACAAGUCUACCUUCCGGACAAUCUUCAACCAGAUCGCCCUGCGUCAUACCAAAGACAAGAUCCGCGAUGAGUUACGACUUCCUCCACAGAAGCGCGUGGUGAUUACCGUUCCGUUCACCGCAAUCGAAGAACAGAAUUACGCCACAAUGAUUCUCCAAAUGUGCGAUGUUUGUGGCCUCACAGACGAAGGAGUGCCCAAGCGAGAGGGCCAGGGCGCUGAAGAUCCAGUGGUAAUUGAACGGAUGCGUGAGUGGUUAGUGAGAUUGCGUCAAACAUGCCUUCACGCCAAUGUAGGGAGCAGGAAUAGGAGGGCUCUGGGCGCAAAGAACGGCCCUCUCCGUACUGUUGAUGAAGUUCUCGAAGUCAUGAUUGACCAGAACGACAUUGCCUUGAAAGGAGCAGCUAGAGAUUGUAUAAAUGCUCACAUCCACCUAGGCCACGUUUCUGGCAACGCGAAGGAUAUCGAGGAACGGAGCCAGAAGGCUCUGGGCUUCUAUGAGGGUGCCCUUGAAGAUGCUCGGUAUUGGGUUAAGACUUGUCGUGACGAACUUGCAUUAGAGAGAGAGAAAAUGGGUUCGUUAUCGCUGAAAUCACAAGUCCCAGAGUACGCCGAAGACGACCAAAACACAGACGAUGAAGAGAAAGGGGACGAAGGUCUAGGUCGCGUACCCACAAUCCGGAAAACGUUGCGGUCUUUCUUGGAAUUGGAGCACGCCUGCAGUUUCUUCAUUGGCACAGCUUAUUUCCAAAUCAAAUCGAACGAGAAUCUCACCAAGCCUAACUCAAAGGAGUUCCAUCUUAAUGAGACGUUGGAAAGCGAGUGGUAUGAUAAAGCCAAAGCCAUUCGAACAGAGUUACUUCGCGAGCCUCGCAACAGGGCACAACGCGAAAUGAAGAAGAUCCAAUCAAGAAGGCCUUUCCAUCACCUCCCUCAAAUUGAGCAACUCACAGACCUUGGCGGCAUUGAAAAUCGACAUGUUCUCAAUAUGCUGGAUGGCAUUGCAGAUAUCCUCAAUGCACAAGCAAAGCAGCUCGAAGAAUGGCGUCAAAGGGUCAUUGACAUUCUGUUGAUUUCCUUGCUGGAUGGAGACGAAGGCAAAGAGAUUACCGGAGACGAGUAUGAGGAUUCUACAAAAUUACAAGACGAGCUAUAUGUAUACACCAUGGCGCUCCGAACGCUCGUGGCUGAUAGAAGCACGACUGUGAAUGGCUUGCAGGAUCUUCUCAUCGACCAUGAGCUGAAGGUAGCGGAAAACCAGGCAAAGGAGAAAAAAGGGCAUGCUCCAGAGCUCGUGCUUGAGAUAGUCAAAGCCCGAGAAAAGCUUAAACCAACCGAAAAGGAUGGUUCGCUGAAAGGAGCGGUGUCUGCAACACGGUCUCUGAUCACUUCUCUCCAAUGGCGGGCGGACGAAGGGGACGCUCGCGCAAACGUCGAAUUGGCCAUUGCCCAGAAAUACUUCUCACAGAUACAAGGGAUUGCUGCUCAAGAAACCAAAGCUCUUUCGAUAUUAGAAAAGGAGACAGAUCUAUUCCGCACAGCAAUGAACCAUCGAUUAGAAUACUACCGCCAGCUCCAGCAUAUCUCUGAUAGUGUCGCUCCUUGGAGAGAAGAGCUCGACGUGACUUUGGAUGGCCGGAGGUUUAAUUACUAUAGAAGGAGCAUGGAUUGUGGGAAGCAACGCGUUAGCGGGCUCAAGACAAAGCAAACAUAUUUAGCUAAUUUGCGUCGCGAAAACCAGCAUCAGCAAAACACCUCACACGAAUGUAUUAUUUGCAAGGACGACUUUGAAAUAGGAGUUCUUACGGUUUGUGGUCACAAAUACUGCAAAGAGUGUAUCAACCUGUGGUGGCACCAACACCGCAAUUGUCCCAUGUGUAAGAAACAACUCCAUACGGCCGACUUCCAUGAAAUUACAUUCAAACCAAGCGAAAUGAGAGCACAAGAGGAGAGUCACGAGCAGGACAGUCCACCACAACCUUCCACUCCACAAUCCUCGCAUGCGUCGAUUUACUCCGGCAUCAGUAACUGUAUUAUGAAGCAGAUCAAGUCCAUUGAGCUUGAUGGAUCCUACGGGACCAAAAUUGAUAUGAUUGCAAGGCACCUGCUAUGGAUUCGCCACAAUGACCCUGGGGCCAAGGCCAUCAUCUUUUCGCAAUUCGGGGAUUUCCUUGAAGUGCUUCGGGAAGCCCUUAAGAAGUGGAAAAUUGGCUCAAGCAGCAUCCACGAUAAGAACGGCAUUCACAAAUUCAGGAUUGAUCCCGCGGCUGAAUGCUUCUUGCUGGAUGCAAAAUCCGACUCGUCGGGCCUCAAUCUGGUCAACGCCACUUAUGUAUUUCUGUGUGAGCCUCUCAUCAACCCAGCUAUUGAGCUGCAGGCCAUUGCACGGGUCCAUAGAAUUGGCCAGCAACGCGCAACCACGGUCUUCAUGUACUUGAUCGGUGACACGGUCGAAGAGGCUAUUUAUGACAUAUCGGUGUCUCGUCGUCUUGAGCACAUGGGAAGGGGAAAUAAUGGUUGGUCAGACUCCAGGUCGGGGACAGCAACGCCUGCAGUGCAGGAGAAUGCGCUUGAUGCAGCUAACUCGAUGGAGAUGCAGUCUGCGCCUCUCAAGAAGCUUUUGCGCAAGAAAGGUGACGGAGAAGUGGUGCAAGUGGAUGAUUUGUGGGGUUGUCUAUUCGGAAAGCCGCGGAAGCAGCAACGAUCAGUAGUGCUGGAGGGAGAGGUGGGUCGUCAUCUGCGUGCGGAGGCAGCUGAGCAGAGAAUAGCUCAGGCAGCAGGGGAGCAGAGGGGCGGAGCCGGGUCCCGUUGAUUGGGUGUAAGAUGUGACAGUGAAUACGUCCAGCCGUGUGGGCAAUACCGAGAAAAGGAGCUUGGAGAGGGAAUAUAGGCAUGGUCCUUCUAGGAGGCGCAAGGGGCGGCGGCUAUAGGCUGGCAGAUAUACCCGGGAUGAAUCUAGGGGAUCUUCACUUUCAACAUGUUUCUCUGAUUCCGGAACAGUCCAGCACUGCAGAGCAGACGG